AUGAGGGGUUACAUACUCCUCUUUGCGUUUGUGCUCUCGGUCCAUGCGAAGCUUGGAAACAUUUUUCGACUCCCAUUUUGUGAGAAUCAUCUAGAGCAGCUAAAUCAGGAUGAUAUCCUCAACAUUCGGGAUAUUCAUCAGCAAUGGUUAAUGCACCGACGCAUAGAGGACGACAUGACAAAGCUGCUUGGCAAGAUGCGCGAGUACGCGAUACAGCAACCAACCGAUGCCGCUGAGGCUGCUGCAUGGAAGACGGACUGGAGUGAAGAGUAUGUUUCAGCUAGGCUAAACACCUCGCUCUCGGCACGCGAACAUCUUGAGGAGGCCAUGCGCACCUUGGUGGGACAUCUUAGGGCUAGAGGCCGUGUCAAAAGCUUCACCACCGUGCAUGAGCUGGUGCAGUGCAGUAGCGGACAUCUGAACGCCAGGUUGUUCCCGGACCGGCCCGAAGUGUCUCUCAUGCUGCAAUACUUCCGGCGACCUACCGGAAUACCCGCCAUGAUCAACUUGCUGGAAAACUGCACAAGACAGAUGCCGGUAGAGCUGCUGGUGAAUGUGGACAGUCCCGAGGAAGGGCAGCUGUGGGCGGAUCUGGCUUGGACCACUAGGGGACGCCUGGUGCCCGUGUUCUCGAACAACAUCCACGAAAUUCGGUCGUACAACCGGUUGGCGGCCCUAGCCCGGGGGAAAGUGCUGGUGGUGCUGCAGGAUGAUGACGGUUUCGAGCCCGCGGACUGCUCGUGGAUCCACCGACUUGUACGGCAGUUUGACUCCAUGCCCAAGCUGGGCAUGGUCGGACUCAAGAGCUAUCGGCGGGGGAAUGGGCGGGAGGGGAACUUGGAGCGUUGGCCCGACACCUUCCAUCACUUCUCCGACCCCAGCACGGGCAACUUCUUCACCUUUCCCCUGCAAGUGGACUACGCCCCCAUGGCACUAAGGCGAGCUGCGUUGCUGCAUGUGGGCGGUGUGGAUGAGGGUAUGUCGGACGUCGGGGAAUGUGGAAUCGUAUCGGAUUGGGAGCUAUCCAUCCGCAUGUGGACAGCGGGAUGGCACGUGGGUUUCAUGCCGCUCCUACGACGCGUCCGUGUUGACGACGCGGAGGGCACCACGCACUCCCCCAAGAAUGUGAUGCGCUGUUGGGACCGCCAGAUGUGGCUCGGGGGCCUGGUGUACUCCGCAAGGUGGGGAAACGGCCUCGAGCGGGGGCCGGGAGCCUUCCUGGAGGAGCUGGAGAACGAGAUCCGGAUCCUGAAUCUCAAAACGCUCAAUCGAAAUUACACCAAGUGUCCCUUUCGGAAGGGUUGUCAGGACUUGGAAGGUAACCCGCCCCUAAACCGCGAGCACCAGCGCUUCUUCAGCUAUAACCAGAGGCCCAUGGUGGAUGCCUGA